GCCGCGGGAGGGUCGGUGUGGCGCGGGGCGACCGGGUCCUGCGUGGAGAGUGGGACGCGAGGCGGAGAGUGUGGCCGGAGGCUGCGCGCGGCCGGAUCCGGCGCUCCGCCACCUGACCCGGCGAUUCGCAGGGGUCCAAGCCGCGGGAGAGCGACUCGGGAACAAGUGCGGAGAGGAAGCGGCGGCGGCGCCGGGCCCGGGCGGUGACAGCCGGGCUGAGGCACACCAUAAAUACAAGAGACUGAAGUUAUAAAAGAGAAAUAAAGAUCACUGCUAAGAUGAAUCUGAGCAAUCCGGUGCGUUUUCUGCCACACACAAAAAGGUACUGAGAUCUGCAGAGGAAUUUGUUGAUGAGAGGUGAAGGUAUCCAAAAGCAGGGUGCUUACAGUGCUGGUCACCAUGCGUAAAGGGGCACCUAAGGACCCGGAGAUUGCCGAUCUGUUCUGCAGAGAUGAUCCUGAAGAGCUCUUUAUUGGUUUGCAUGAAAUUGGACAUGGAAGUUUUGGAGCAGUUUACUUUGCCACAAAUGCACACACCAAUGAGGUGGUGGCGGUUAAGAAAAUGUCCUAUAGUGGGAAGCAGACACAUGAGAAAUGGCAAGAUAUUCUUAAGGAGGUUAAAUUUUUACGACAAUUGAAGCAUCCUAAUACCAUUGAGUACAAAGGUUGUUACUUAAAAGAGCACACUGCCUGGCUGGUGAUGGAGUAUUGCUUAGGCUCAGCCUCUGAUCUGUUAGAAGUUCAUAAGAAACCACUUCAGGAAGUGGAGAUCGCUGCCAUUACUCAUGGUGCCUUGCAGGGCCUGGCCUACCUACAUUCCCAUGCGUUGAUUCACAGGGAUAUUAAAGCAGGAAAUAUUCUUCUAACAGAGCCAGGUCAGGUAAAACUAGCUGAUUUUGGAUCUGCCUCCAUGGCUUCUCCUGCCAAUUCCUUCGUGGGCACGCCUUACUGGAUGGCCCCAGAGGUGAUCUUAGCCAUGGAUGAAGGACAGUAUGAUGGGAAAGUUGAUAUCUGGUCACUUGGGAUCACCUGUAUUGAACUGGCGGAACGGAAGCCCCCCCUUUUCAACAUGAAUGCGAUGAGUGCCUUGUACCACAUUGCCCAGAAUGAUUCCCCCACGCUGCAGUCCAGUGAAUGGACAGACCCCUUUAGGAGAUUUGUAGAUUACUGCUUGCAGAAAAUACCUCAGGAAAGGCCGACGUCAGCGGAACUGUUACGGCAUGACUUUGUUCGAAGAGAGCGGCCACCACGUGUCCUCAUUGACCUUAUACAGAGGACAAAAGAUGCUGUUCGUGAGCUCGAUAACCUACAAUACCGGAAAAUGAAAAAAAUCCUCUUCCAAGAAACACGGAACGGACCCUUGAAUGAGUCACAGGAGGACGAAGAAGACAGUGAACACGGAACCAGCCUUGGCAGGGAAAUGGACAGCCUGGGCAGCAACCAUUCCAUCCCGAGCAUGUCCGUGAGCACGGGCAGCCAGAGCAGCAGCGUGAACAGCAUGCAGGAGGUCAUGGACGAGAGCAGCUCCGAGCUCGUCCUGAUGCAUGAUGACGAAAGCACCAUCAAUUCCAGCUCUUCCGUUGUGCACAAGAAGGAUCAUGUAUUCAUAAGGGAUGAGGCGGGCCACGGCGAUCCCAGGCCUGAGCCGCGGCCUACCCAGUCAGUUCAGAGCCAGGCCCUCCACUACCGGAACAGAGAGCGCUUUGCCACGAUCAAAUCAGCAUCUUUGGUUACACGGCAGAUCCAUGAGCAUGAGCAGGAGAACGAGCUGCGGGAACAGAUGUCAGGUUAUAAGCGGAUGCGGCGCCAGCACCAGAAGCAGCUGAUCGCCCUGGAGAACAAGCUGAAGGCUGAGAUGGACGAGCACCGCCUCAAGCUGCAGAAAGAGGUGGAGACACAUGCCAACAACUCGUCCAUCGAGCUGGAGAAGCUGGCCAAGAAGCAAGUGGCUAUCAUAGAAAAGGAGGCAAAGGUGGCUGCAGCAGAUGAGAAGAAGUUCCAGCAACAGAUCUUGGCCCAGCAGAAGAAAGAUUUGACCACUUUCUUGGAAAGUCAGAAGAAGCAGUAUAAGAUUUGUAAGGAAAAAAUAAAAGAGGAAAUGAAUGAGGACCAUAGCACACCCAAGAAAGAAAAGCAGGAGCGGAUAUCCAAGCAUAAGGAGAACUUGCAGCACACACAGGCUGAAGAGGAAGCCCACCUCCUCACUCAGCAGAGACUGUACUACGACAAAAACUGUCGUUUCUUCAAGCGGAAGAUAAUGAUCAAGCGGCAUGAAGUGGAGCAGCAGAACAUUCGGGAGGAACUCAAUAAGAAGCGGACGCAGAAGGAGAUGGAGCACGCCAUGCUGAUCCGGCACGACGAGUCCACCCGAGAACUGGAGUACCGGCAGCUGCACACGCUACAGAAGCUACGCAUGGAUCUGAUCCGUUUACAGCACCAGACUGAACUGGAAAACCAGCUGGAGUACAAUAAGAGGCGAGAAAGGGAACUGCACAGAAAGCAUGUCAUGGAACUUCGGCAGCAGCCAAAAAACUUAAAGGCCAUGGAAAUGCAAAUUAAAAAACAGUUUCAGGACACUUGCAAAGUACAGACCAAACAGUAUAAAGCACUCAAGAAUCACCAGUUGGAAGUUACUCCAAAGAAUGAGCACAAAACAAUCUUAAAGACACUGAAAGAUGAGCAGACGAGAAAACUUGCCAUUUUGGCAGAGCAGUAUGAACAGAGUAUAAAUGAAAUGAUGGCCUCUCAAGCGUUACGGCUCGAUGAGGCCCAAGAAGCAGAAUGCCAGGCCUUGAGGCUACAGCUCCAGCAGGAAAUGGAGCUGCUCAACGCCUACCAGAGCAAAAUCAAGAUGCAAACAGAGGCACAACAUGAACGUGAGCUCCAGAAGCUAGAGCAGAGGGUGUCUCUGCGCAGAGCACAUCUCGAGCAGAAGAUUGAAGAGGAGCUGGCUGCCCUCCAGAAGGAACGCAGCGAGAGAAUAAAGUACCUGUUGGAAAGGCAAGAGCGAGAGAUCGAGACUUUUGACAUGGAGAGCCUCAGAAUGGGAUUUGGGAAUUUGGUUACAUUAGAUUUUCCUAAGGAGGACUAUAGAUGAGAUUAAAUUUUUUGCCAUUUACAAAAAAAAAAAAAAAAAAAAAGAAAGAAAAAGAAAACAGAAAAAAAUUCAGACCCUGCAAAACCACAUUCCCCAUUUUAACGGGCGUCGCUCUCACGCUCUCUCUCUCUUACUCUUACUGACAUCGUGUCGGACUAGUGCCUGUUUAUUCUUACUCCAUCAGGGGCCCCCUUCCUCCCCCCGUGUCAGCUUUCAGUGCUGGCCAACACCUGGCCACCCCUUUACUCAUAGUACACGUCACAGUAUUGAUGUGAUCCCAAACGUUGCAGUGAACACUGUGGAGACAGUCUUAACCAAACCAACAGACCAACAGCAGCAACAACAAAGUGGAUGUAUAUUGCUUUAAGCAAUCACUCAUCACCACCAAUCUGUGAAAGUACAGCAAAAAAUAAAUAAAUAAAUAAAUAAAUAAUACUAAUAAAUGCCAAGGGGGAGAGAGACACAAUAUCCGCAGCCUUACACCUUAACUAGCUGCUGCAUUAUUUUAUUUUAUUUUAUUUUUUUGGUAUUUAUUCAUCAGGAAUUAAAAAAAAAAGUUUUAUUAAAGAUUGAAAAUUUGAUACAUUUUACAGAAACUACUUGUGAUGUACAUAUCAGUGGUGACAUAUUAUUACUUUUUUGGG